AGAGCUGCCCUCUGAGAUACAAUUUCAAACUGGGGAGUGCGCGGCUGCGUUUUGGAGAUCUGAGUGUAGAAACAUUUACAAGUUCAUCAACUUCGUCCUGACGUCAAUUUAAACAGACCCCAAAAUGGCUGUUUACCGUAUUACUGCGUUACUGGCUAUAGUCGGAUGUUUCACUCUUGUGAAGACGCAUCCUAAUGGAGCUCCUGUAGAAGCAUGUAUGACAAUGACCCCUGAUGCAACGGGUCAUGGCGCGGGGAAGCAGACAUCAGCUUCUAAUUACACUGUUACCACCAGCAAUUCUACCUACACCCCGGGUGGCAUGAUUACAGUGACGUUAUCCAGUUCUGACAACACAAACUUCACAGGUGUUUUUGUUCAGGCCCGUCUGAAAGAUGGGCAAAAUACCAACGCGCAAGGAACAUUCAUGUUGAAUAAUGAGGAAAGCCAGUUAAAGCUCAUCGAAUGUAAUGGAGUGGCAGGGAGCGCCGUCACGCACAAUUCUAGUAUCGGCAAAUUAAAUAAAACCGUUAUCUGGAAGGCCCCUGAUACGGAUGUUGGCGAUGUGCAGUUCAUAGCAACAUUUGUCAAGGACAUAGCAACAUUCUGGGUAGGCAUCAUGUCAGAUGUUGGAUCCCGCGCUGGUCAGACCCCAACGACUACCGAUGACGGAUCCAGCACUCCUCAAAUCCCUACCACUACCAGUGGUGGAUCCACUGUCUUGGACCCCGAAUGA